UAAUUUUUUUUUUUAAUGCAAAUCCACACACUCCUGCCGUACGGCGCAAGCGCUCCAGUUUCAGGAAGCGCGGUUUGAAAGCGUAGUCACCCCCCGGUUUGCUGGACGUGUCUGUGCAGUUGCUCGCUUCCAGCGUGUCCGGGUCUGGCGACUCGGUUCGAUUCGAAUAAAUGAAAAAUGCAGACGCGGGGUAUUUCCCUAAUCUUCUAGUAGGUGGACAGACACCACAUCGGCAGGAUAUACACACACAGAAAAUCCGCUCUGCUAAGGACAGGGGAGGUGGCGAGAUGUGAUUCAGCUUCACUCGUCUUUCUGCAUGUUGCUCAGUGUUGGGGUCGGGAUGAAUGAAGUGGCGGCUUCUAUUCUAAAUGCGUCCUGCGGGAGACGGAGGCGAUUACAGCGCAUUAAUCAGAAGGGGUUUGGUGUGCAUUUGGGAUCGGCGUUUUCCGAAAUGCGGUGUUCUACCUACAUUUAUAUAUUCGAAACUUUGACUUUGACAACAUCGUAGCAAGUAGCAUAACACCUUUAGCGCCUGUUUUAGCAGCACAUACAGGAAGAAAUCAUGUCUUCUUUUAACAUACCGGCUGAAGACAAGCAAAGCGCUCGUGUUUUCUAUGUACUCACUGAUUCCGACUGAGGCUUUCAACGCGCUUUUAGUAAUUAGUAGAGAAAUUCCCAUCCCGGGACUCCGGUAAAGACACACUGCUCUUGAAUUGGGGACAUUGUGAUGUUCAUUUCAGCUGCUGAGGAAUUUAAAAAGGGGCUGUUGUUAUUGCUGGCGCGGUACACACUGCAAAGCGCCAGCGAACGAAACCGCCAGUACUACAGCCGUGUCAUUGCAGAUGAUCUCAAAUAGUCACAGCACUGCUCUUAACUUUGUGAAGGCAUUUAUAUUAUAAUAACGGACUCCCCCACACACACAGUGGACCUUUACAAACAAGACUUUGUGUGAAGCAGGGGGUGAAGCUCUCUAUCGGUCGAGAAAUGAAGAAGUCCGAACUGCUGCAGAAAAGGAAAUUGUCUAAUCCGGACCGAGAUGAACACCGGAGUGCGAAAAAAGACGAGAAGGAUGCGAAGGAGUUUGCAGCCCCGGCCCCCCUGCUCUUCAGGAAGCUCAGUAACCCCGACCUCUCGCCCUCCACUGGGAAGGUGAAGCUGCAGAGGCAGCUGAGUCAGGAUGACAACCGACCUCGCCGGAGCAGUCUGGCCAGCUCUCUGACAGGGAAGCAGCUCCUCCCCCUAUCCAGCAGCAUGCACAGUGGAGUGAGCCAGUUGGCAUGGCAACAGCCAGGAGAGCCCACCAACCUGGUCCGGAUGAAGAACCAGACCCUGGGGCAGUCUGCACCAUCUCUCACCGGCCCAAAGGAACUGAGUCUCCCCAGAAGAGGCAGUUUCUGUCGGACCAGCAACAGGAAGAGCCUCAUAGUGACAUCGAGCACCUCGCCAACGUUACCCAGACCACAUUCCCCACUCCACGGCCACACAGGAAGCAGCCCUCUGGACAGCCCCAGGAACUUCUCCCCGAAUGCUGCCGCUCACUUCUCCUUCGUCCCAGCGCGCAGCCACGGGCACAGGGCUGACAGCAGGACGGAUGGUCGUCGUUGGUCCCUGGCCUCCCUUCCCUCCUCAGGAUAUGGAACCAACACUCCCAGCUCUACAGUAUCGUCAUCCUGUUCAUCCCAGGAGAAGCUGCACCAACUGCCAUACCAGCCCACCCCAGACGAGCUGCACUUCCUCACAAAGCACUUCAGCUCUGAGAGCAUCACUGACGAGGAGGGGCGGAGAUCCCCCUCCAUGCGCCCCCGCUCCCGCAGCCUCAGGUCAGUGCACAGACCCUGUACCCCCAUACUCCCAUACCUCAACUCCAUACCUCCUCCCCUCCCCAUCACUGACGAGGAGGGGCGGAGAUCCCCCUCCAUGCGCCCCCGCUCCCGCAGCCUCAGUUCCCGUCUUCACCUGCAGAAUGGUUGUUGCGGCUCACGCAGCCCCGGGCGGUCCCCCAUCUCUUUCGACCAUGAGAUCGUAAUGAUGAACCAUGUGUACAAAGAGAGGUUCCCGAAGGCGACGGCACAGAUGGAGGAGCGUCUGGCGGAUUUCAUCUCCUCCUGCGCCCCCGAGAAGGUGAUGCCCCUGGCCGACGGGGUCCUGAGCUUCAUCCACCACCAGGUGAUCGAGCUGUCCCGGGACUGCCUGGACAAGUCCCGCGAGGGCCUCAUCACCUCACGCUACUUCUACGAGCUGCAGGAGAACCUGGAGAAGCUGCUGCAGGACGCCCAUGAGCGCUCAGAGAGCCGGGAGGUCGCCUUCGUCACCCAGCUGGUGAGGAAGCUGAUGAUCGUCAUUGCCAGGCCGGCCCGGCUGCUUGAGUGCCUGGAGUUUGAUCCGGAGGAGUUCUAUCAUCUAUUGGAAGCUGCCGAGGGCCAUGCCAAAGAAGGGCAGGGAAUCAAGUCGGACAUUCCCCGCUACAUCAUCAGUCAACUGGGGCUUACCAGGGAUCCCCUGGAGGAAAUGGCCCAGCUGAGCAGCUAUGACAGUGGCAACCCUGACACGCCUGACACUGACGAGACUGUGGAUAGCUGUGGAACUGCGAUGCAGAGGAAGAAACCCCCCUGCGAGGAGGACUUUGAGAACAUCAAGCUCAUCAGCAACGGAGCCUAUGGCGCGGUGUACCUGGUCCGGCACAAGGAGACCCGGCAGCGCUUUGCCAUGAAGAAGAUUAACAAGCAGAACUUGAUCCUGAGGAACCAGAUCCAGCAGGCCUUCGUGGAGCGGGACAUUCUGACCUUCGCAGAGAACCCCUUUGUGGUCAGCAUGUUCUGCUCCUUCGAGACCAAGCGCCACCUCUGCAUGGUCAUGGAGUACGUGGAAGGCGGUGACUGUGCCACUCUGCUGAAGAGCAUUGGGGCUCUGCCUGUUGACAUGGCGCGCUUGUACUUUGCUGAAACAGUGCUGGCCCUCGAGUAUCUUCACAACUACGGCAUCGUUCACCGGGACCUCAAACCUGACAAUUUGCUGAUCACCUCGAUGGGACACGUCAAGCUCACUGAUUUCGGGCUCUCGAAGAUCGGGCUUAUGAGUCUCACCACCAACCUGUACGAGGGGCACAUUGAAAAGGAUGCCAGGGAGUUCCUGGAUAAGCAGGUGUGCGGCACCCCUGAGUACAUCGCCCCGGAGGUGAUCCUACGGCAGGGCUACGGGAAGCCGGUGGACUGGUGGGCGAUGGGGGUCAUCCUCUACGAGUUCCUGGUGGGCUGUGCGCCCUUCUUCGGAGACACUCCAGAGGAGCUGUUUGGACAAGUCAUCAGCGAUGAAAUCAUCUGGCCUGAAGAAGAGGAUGCUCUGCCCCCUGAAGCAGAGGAUCUCAUCUCCAAGCUCCUCAGGCAAAACCCUAUGGACAGGCUGGGAACAGGCAGUGCCUUUGAGGUGAAGCAGCACCGUUUCUUCUCUGACCUCGACUGGAACAGCUUACUGCGGCAGAAGGCCGAGUUUAUCCCCCAGCUGGAGUCGGAGGACGACACCAGCUACUUCGACACUCGCUCGGAUCGCUACCACCACGUGGAAUCAGAAGAGGAGGAGGACACGAAUGAUGAAGGGCAUGUAGAAAUGCGUCAGUUCUCCUCCUGUUCCCCUCGCUUCAGCAAGGUGUACAGCAGCAUGGAGCGCCUGUCCCUUCACGAGGAUAAGAAGACCCCGCCUCCCACCAAGCGCAGCCUGAGCGAGGAGGGCACUGGCAAGAUGGACAGUCUGAGCGGGCUCAAGUGCCGGGACCGCAGCUGGAUGGUGGGCUCGCCUGAAAUCCUACGGAAACGCCUGUCCGUGUCGGAGUCCUCGCACACAGAGAGCGACUCCAGCCCCCCGCUGACAGUGCGCCGCCGCUGCUGCUCCGCCAUCGUCGAGAUGCCACGCUUUGCCAUCUCCACUGAGGAUGAGAGCUCCAGGAAGGCCCCCUCUGCCAGCUGGGGUCCCCGCGGGGAGGAGCUCCCCCUCACCAUUCCCGAGCAACCCCUGGAGAGAGAGCUGCGACUGGAUGAGUCCCCUACCACCCCCAGCUCCGGCACCAGAACCCUGGGCAAGAGCACGCUGACACCCGGCAGCUCCACUGAACUCUUGGAGCGCUCUUCGCGGUGCAACAGCACUGAAGUUUCGGACAAUGCCACACCCAAGGCCAUCAGCGACCUGGCAGCCCGGCGCGCACGGCACAGGCUGCUCUCCGGGGAGUCGCUGGAGAAGCGCACCUCGCGGCCGCUCAACAAGGUCAUCAAGUCAGCCUCUGCAACCACGCUGUCCCUCAUGAUCCCGUCCGAUCAUCACAAUGGCUCCCCUCUGGCCAGCCCGAUGUCACCCCACUCCCUCUCGUCAAACCCGUCCUCACGAGACUCGUCCCCCAGCCGCGACUACUCGCCUGGCAUUAGCAGCGCCAAGCCGGCGAUCGUGAUCCACCGCGCGGGCAAGAAGUACGGCUUCACGCUGCGGGCCAUCCGUGUGUACAUGGGGGACUCGGACGUCUACACAGUGCACCACAUGGUCUGGCAUGUUGAAGAGGGAGCCCCAGCACACAAUGCCGGUCUGCGGGAGGGCGAUCUGAUCACUCACGUCAAUGGGGAGCCGGUGCACGGCCUGGUCCACACAGAGGUGGUGGAGCUCAUCCUCAAGAGUGGCAACAAGGUGUCCAUCUCGGCCACUCCCUUCGAGAACACGUCCAUCAAAGUGGGUCCGGCGCGCAAAGCCAGCUACAAGUCCAAGAUGGCACGGAGGAACAAGAAAACGAAAACUAAAGAAGGUCAAGAGAGUAAGAAGCGGAGCUCCCUUUUCCGGAAGAUCACGAAGCAGGCGUCCCUGCUGCACACGAGCCGCAGCCUCUCCUCCCUGAACCGCUCGCUGUCGUCCGGGGAGAGCGUCCCGGGCUCCCCCACCCACAACCUGUCCCCUCGCUCCCCCACACAGGGCUACCGAUGCACCCCUGACUCAGCACACUCCGUUGGCGGCAACUCUUCCCAGAGCAGCUCUCCCAGUUCCAGCGUCCCGAACUCUCCAGCCAGCUCUGGCCACAUCCGGCCCAGCUCCCUGCAUGGCCUGGCCCCCAAGCUGCAGCGCCAGUACCGCUCCCCGCGCCGCAAAUCUGCAGGAAACAUUCCGCUGUCUCCCCUGGCCCGGACCCCCUCCCCGACGCCCCAGUCCACCUCACCGCAGCGCUCCCCCUCUCCCCUGUCCGGUCACUCUCUAGGCAGCUCCAGCGUCACCCAGUCCUUUCCAGUCAAACUGCACUCUUCUCCCCCUCUCGUCCGCCAGGUCUCCCGGCCCAAAAGCGGCGAGCCCCCUCGCUCCCCUCUGCUCAAGAGGGUGCAGUCUGCGGAGAAGCUGGCCUCCUCCCUCUCCUCCUCUUCCUCCCCCUCCCCCUCCUCCUCCUCCUCCUUGGACAAGAAGCUGGCCUCCUCCCGCAAGCACAGCCUGGACAUCUCACACUCAGAGUUCAAGAAGGAGAUGAUGCAGCGGGACCCCAGCCUCCAGAGCCUGCAGGAGUCAGCCAGCGAGACUCUCCUGGGCGGCAAGACGGCCCCCGUCGAGAAGGGGAUGCUGCAGAAGCCGUCAGCCCGCAAGCUGGGUCACCAGGAGCCGCCCGAGGGGGUAGGAGCUGCCGCAGGCAACAGCAAACUGAAGGACAAGCUGUCGGCUAUCCGGCAGGACCGCGCAGAGAGGCGGGAGUCUUUGCAGAAGCAGGAGGCCAUCCACGAGGUGGACUCCUCCGAGGAUGAGACGGACGAGGGCUCAGAGGACAGCCAGGACGGGAGGAGGCUGAAGCACAGGAUUGAAACAGGGCGCAAGGACUCUGCUGACGAUGACCCCUUCCUGCCACCUGAGCCCUAUGUGAAAACAAUGCAGGUCCAGCCGCCCAAGAGUAGUGCAGCAGCAUUAUCCUCAUCAUCUCCGGUAAGCCAGCUGCAGUGUGCAGGACAGAAGAUCGGAUCAUCAGAUAAACUGGAGACUUCGUCUACCAGCUCUGUUAAAGCAACCACAGCACAACACAAAUCAUCUCAGACCACAACCCCCACAGUAGAGGUUCCUACCGACAUAUCCAGGAUUGCCUGCCCAGCGGCUCGGAUCCAGACGACCGCGCCCGGGAGAUUGUCUGCAUCUGGGAUUCAGAGUGCUUUUACGCCGGUGAAGGACGCUUUUCUAAAGCCAGCCCCGGUUAUCUGCACACUGGCCCCUGCAGCCACGGCCAGCGCGUCUCUGACUGUGACCUCAAAAGGCAUUAAAUGCACUCCAAAACAGGUCCCAGAUAGCAAAGAAAAGAGCAGCAGCCUUUCAGGGAGAAUUAGCGACAAGUCCCUGACACCCAGCUGUGCCCUGGAAGCCAAGUCACUCUCUCCUGCCGUAGACUGCAAAGCCAGCCCUGCCCCAGCUGUGGGGAUCUGCAAGGAAAAGAAUGAAGUGGACAAUAAGAGGAACGCAGGCAGCGCUGCAUCGACUGCUCCUGUUCUAGCUAGCACUGUUGACAAGAUACCGCCACUUGUGUCCCAGCUAGCCUCGGUGGCCAAAAGUGUGCUCGGACCAGUCAAGCUGAGCAUCCCUGGAGCGAAGGAGGCUUUUGAAAAAGCCGGAGAGAUGCAGCCGGAAGACGGCCUCAACACAAAGGGAAAGGAGCAGGGUAAAGCCAGGCAGGAGCAGGACAGGCUUGAUGCACUCAAGAUGUCGACUUCGACGGGACAUGCGUCUCCCUCCAAGCAGACAAGCCCUCUGCUCCCACGAGCGUCCGAGUCUGCACCCAGACAGCCUGUGCCGAAAACUGAAACGGAUCCCAUGAAGACCCCGGGAGACAGGAGGAAAACCAUGUCAGCUAAAGAAUGUGCCGAGGUGACGUGCGGUAAAACGGCUGGUAGCGCCCCCUACCAGCAGGUCAGUUGCAGUGCCCUCCGUAAGGAAGUCCCCCAGACAGUAAGACAGUCAGAGACGGGGGACCAAAAGAGAGGACAGGAAUUGCAGGUGUUGCAGAAAGCAGCUGCAACAGCAGCAACGUCGACGAUGAUGCAAGACAAAGUUUACAAGAAAACGUAGCAGCCUCGCCGGAGGAGAAACACGCACUCCAGCUUCCAGUAACAAAAUAAAGACUGCAUGUUUAAAAACGUUAUACGAAACACUAAUCAGAAACAAACAAAGGAAAUCCAGAUGCAGAAGUAGGGUUUUUUUGUCCAUUUUUUUCAUACACCGCAUUUAUUUUAUAAAUGGCGGGGCAAGAAAUAAACGGCUUUAAUUAAACGUUUAUUAGCUCUACUAUUUUUUAUUUAUUUCUUUUAACAGUUGCUCACCACUACCAAGUUUCAGUCUGAGCCCGCAGUUGUUUUCUUGCUAAUGGAACAGGUUGUACCUUAAUGAAUACAAUCUUUCAGAAACAUCUGCAUGACUUAGAUGAAAGAUACUUCUUGAGAAAUCAAGCUAUUAAAGCAGCCGAUGCAUAACUCUUUCUAUAAAAUACAUUUCAGACCUGUUCAGAGCAAUGCCUUUCUGUCAUUCAUGCUCCAUUCGUUUCCACCAGAAACACUCCUUUUACAAUACAGCACUGCAAGACGUAACUGCAGCAAAGUGGACAUUUUUUUAGAUCUAUAUUAUAUCAUGAACACAAAAAAGCAGACAGCGCCAGGAGGCUGCUGCAUGUUCAGUAGUCCUGUACUGCUCCGUGCUGAUCGCAUGCCUUGUCCUGGUAGGGGUGCCCUUGCUAACCUCGUACAAGCUGUCUGACCUGUCCUGACUGAUGCACACACAUGCUCAUUGUGCUGGUCUGCUCUGGAACACAGUGGACAAUCAGAUGUUUAAAUAGAAACCGUCCACUGUCUGGUGACAAUCCUGUGUUGGCUGUCAUUUCAGGAUCAAGGUGCUGGAAGUACCUUUGUUCCUUGAACAACUGCGAGGGCCAGAUUCUGCAGCAGCCAGCCAGCUAACUUCUGAUGAAGCAGCUCUGCAAAAGGGACACGAUACAAAAAAAAAAGACAUCAGACAAGACCAAUGUUUAUUUCUAGCCCUGCUUUUUUUUUUUUUUUUU